GACAACAACAUUAUUUUCCAAAUAUCUGAUUGUUGCCUUUCAGACUGCGAAGGCUGACUGAUGAGCAGUGAUUAAAAACCAGUCUGAGUACAUCACUGGGUGAUUCUGCACAUUGCUUGGAGCUCUGAGGUGGUGUGGGUACUGUGUGAGUUUCUCUUGAUAUGCCUGGCCUUCCUACUCUCUUAAUUGCCCUUGAAGCUUGACAAGAGCUACUUUGCCACCAAAGCAUGCAAGUUCCCUGGAGGCUUUAUCUUUGGCGAAAUAUAACCUGAAUGUGUCAGCCUUAACUCAACUUGCUUCAUAUGAGCCAACAGGUAAAAGGAGUGCAUGUUAGUUUAUCAAAGAAAUUAGAAAAUGUACAGCAAGAAAAAGAAAUUACAAUGAUACACAACUCCAAAUUCUACUUCUGAACAUAUUUUUUUUCCUUUUGUUCAUGUUCUGGCCAACCUAGUCUUCCAGGAAUGUCUCCAAAAUGGAGCAAGCAGAAAUGUUCCAAUGUAUCUCUCCUCUCUCCCAUCUUGGAACACUGUCCACAAACUUCCAUUAUGUUCUUCAGGUAGUACCUUCCUCACAUGUUAAGGAUCUGUGCUGUAGAAGAGUCAUUUGUAACUUAGGUAACAUUUGACACAUUUGCUUAUUUAUUGUAUCAGGUUGGGUAUUUUUCAGAAACCAUGACAGGGCUGAAAGUACCAUAGAUGGCAUGAGAUGUCAAAGUGCAUUUCCUAAGCCACUUUUUUUCUUCCUUAUCUGUAGGAGCUCCUGGUACCAAAUCCAUGUGGGAGAUGGGGAUCAGGACAUGGGGAGCAGUUUUUGAAUGUAGCAAAGCAGGGAAAAACAGUAGCAGCAAGAGUAUCCUGAUCACUGAAAUAAUCCGGACCAUGUAACUUUUAAAGAACCUCGUACAUCUACUCUUUCUGGUAAAAAGGGAGCUUUAUGGAUUCCUGAGCAAAGGGAUUGAUCAGUUUGAACUCAGAUCCUUACAGCUGUUCCUCUGUUUAGACAUACCAAUAGUACUGUUAGUGGACUUUACUUUUGCUAACAAAAUACUUCUGUAAGUAAGUUAAAGUGAUCCACCCAUCACCUCCAAGCAUCACAGCAAUAAAGGGAGUGGAGCAAAAGUCACUGUCAAAUACACUUAGUGGAGUUUGCUCAUGAGUGAGACACCAAUAUAUGUAAAUAUUUCUGCUUCAGCUUUUACUAAGACUGCACUCCAACUCCUGCUAAGAUUGUCUUCUUACAGUACUGUUCUUUCUAUACCUAGUUGAAUGCUCUUUCCUCAUACUUCUGGAGCUGUCAUGGAACCUUCUGUUCUUUGUUACAUCUUUGGAAAGGAAGCAAAGGAUACAUCUCUCACUUUCUGUGCCUAACAGUAACCGUGAAUGUACAUACUCUUUGUGUCUUCAGGGUAAUGCUGGACUGGUGUUUCUGUGUGGUGGUUUUGACUAGGGCAGAGCUAGUUAGCUAGUAUGGAGCCUUGUUUUGGAUUUGUGCUGAACAUAGUGUUUGUUAUAUUCCAUAGCAUAUAGCAUCAUAAUCAGGAUAUAAAGCUGUGGGGGGAACAAAAUGGGGGGACAUUCAGAGUGAUGGCAUUUGUCUCCCCAAGUCACUGUUACACAUGAUGGAUCCCCAUGCUGGAGAUGGCUGAACACCUGCCUGGUCACAAGCAGCAGCAAAGGUUUUUGCUUUCUUGUGUGUGCAGCUUUUGCAUUCCCUACAGUUUAAUAGGCAACACUAAUAACUUACUAGACAAUUUAGUCUUUAUCUCAACCGACGAGUUUUCUCAUUUCUCUGUUUCUCUCCCCAAUGUUGGUGAGGGAAAGAGCAGCCAGACGGAGCACAAGCCGUUUGGCGAGCAAAGGAAGGAGAAGAACAAGAGGAGAAAUGCGUCAAAUACUCGCUGCUACCUAAAAUCAAAGGCUGCAAGGCCACCAGCAGCUGCCGCGGAGAGAGCAGCGAUACCCUCUGCCGGCAGGGAGACACCUCUGGGAACGCCACCGGAGCCGGUUUGUUUCGCAGAAUCACAGAAUUAUUCCCUUUCGGAGACCGUGCCCUCUGGCCACCAAGGCACGGUUACUUGGAGCACCUGGAGCAGGUGACACAGGAACGCGUCCGGGUGGGUUUGAAUGUCUCCAGAGGGGGAGAGCCCAUGCCCUCCGCAGGCAGCGGUUCCAGAGCUCUCCACCCCUCAGACGUGACAAAGUUCUUCAUAUUGCGGUGGAACUUCCUGUGUUUUAGUUUAUGGCCAUUGCUCCUCGUCCUGUCGCUGGGCACCACCCUCCUGGCACCCGCCUUGGAGGCAUUUACAGGCAUUAAUGAGAUCCCCUCUCAGACUCCUACAGACUAAACAGGCCCAGCUCCCGCUGCCUUUCCUCACAAGGCACGGAUGCCCACACCAUCCUCGUCUCUAUGGCCUCUGCUGGACCCCUCCCGUGGCUCUCUGUGCUGAGGAGCCCAGAGCUGGACACAGCACCCCAGCCGUGCCUCACCAGGCCCGGGGCCCCUCCCUCCACCGCAGCCGAGCCGAGCACCGCAGCCGAGCCGAGCCGAGCCGAGCCGAGCCGAGCCGAGCCGAGCCGAGCCGAGCCGAGCCGAGCCGAGCCGAGCCGAGCCGAGCCGCUGUCCCACUCCGUGUCCCGGCGCGCCGCGUUAUCAGCGCUCUCGCGGCGACCCCACCCCGCGCAGCCCAUUGGCCGCCCGCGAUCACCUGAGCGCGCCGGGCCCGCCCCGUGCCCCGCCCCAUUGGCCGCCGCUCCGCCAGCGGCGGGCGCCGAUUGGCCUCGGCAGCCGCCACUCCACCGCCCCCCGGCAGCGCGGCCCCGCCCCCGCCGUUUCCCUGCGCCCCGGCCUCCGCCGCGUCGGGAUGAGCCGCGCUUCCCCAUGGAGACCAAACGGGCCGAGAUCCCCAGCAGCGUCCUGGACGACCUAUGCAGCCGAUUUAUUUUGCACAUUCCAAGUGAAGAGAGAGACAAUGCAAUCAGAGUGUGUUUUCAGAUUGAACUUGCCCAUUGGUUUUAUUUGGAUUUCUACAUGCAAAACACACCAGGAUUACCUCAGUGUGGGAUAAGAGACUUUGCUAAAGCUGUCUUCAGUCACUGCCCCUUUUUACUGCCUCAAGGUGAAGAUGUACAAAAGGUUUUAGAUGAGUGGAAAGAAUACAAAAUGGGAGUACCAACCUAUGGUGCAAUCAUCCUUGAUGAGACACUUGAAAAUGUUCUUUUGGUUCAGGGCUAUUUAGCAAAAUCUGGUUGGGGAUUUCCAAAAGGGAAAGUAAAUAAAGAAGAGGCACCUCAUGACUGUGCUGCUAGAGAGGUGUUUGAAGAAACUGGGUUUGACAUAAAAGAUUAUAUCUGCAAAGAGGACUACAUUGAGCUGCGAAUCAAUGAUCAGUUAGCACGGCUGUACAUCAUUCCUGGAGUUCCCAAGAACACAAAAUUCAACCCCAAAACUAGAAGGGAAAUUCGGAAUAUUGAGUGGUUUUCCAUCGACAAAUUACCAUGCCACAGAAAUGACAUGACCCCAAAGUCCAAGCUGGGUUUGGCGCCUAACAAAUUUUUUAUGGCAAUUCCCUUCAUCAGGCCAUUGAGGGAAUGGAUUUCCCGAAGGAAUGGAGAUUCCUCAGACAGUGACAAUGGUUUGCCAUCUGCAGGGAGCACACCUUCUAAGCCCAACUUGGAAAAAGCUAGAUCCAAACUUCGCUGUAGUCAACAGGUGUUUACAGAUGGCUUUUCAGGAGAGCACUUGGUGAAGCCAAAACAGCCACAGAAGCCAUAUAAUCAUCCUGAGAUGUCUGAAGUUUUGAAAACAAAGCAGAGUCAGAGCGUGAGGAACAAUGGCAGAAAGCAAAAUCAAGACACUUCCAGCCAAAAGAAGCGAACAAAUGGACUGCACAGUCAACCAGUUAAGCAAAACCAUAACUUGAAAUGUGAAAAAAAGCUUAAUCCAAGAAGACUUCAAGAUAACUUUGAAACAGCAGAAGCAGCACAUGAGAUGUGUUGCUCCAGCGAAGAUGCGCUGCCAGAACAUGUAGACGGACAUUCUGUGGCAUGCAAUGGCCAUUACAAAUUUGUUUUUUCAUCAAGAGCUUUCUUGAGUUUCAAGUUUGACCAUGAUGCCAUAAUGAGAAGUUUUGACCUCUGACAGCAAACUUAUUAUGAAUAAGAAUUAGACUUGCCUGUUGCAAUUGAGGGGGUUUCUUAUCCAGCCUUACUCUUUCUCAGGAGUUUUUUAUUUUGUUUUGUUUGUUUGUUUUUGAAUGCAAUGCAGGGACUGACUGCUGGUUUGGAAAGGUUUGUUCUCUUUGCAGUAUGGGAGUGGCAUAGUCAAGUGUUGCACUUUAAAUGCAGUCUAGCCUUUGUCCACAAAAGUACCUUUCCAAUGUUCAGUUCACUUGUUCCUAGCUGUGCAUUAGAGGGCAUUCUUUCUACUUGUGUUUUAUUUUUUUGUGGUUUGAAAUUUUUUUUAUUGUAACUUGCCGUGUGUUUUGUAGAAUGUCAUUGACUUUUUUUUAACUGUUGGACUAUACCAGCUUGCUAACCUUUUAACUGUUCUGAUGUAAAUUAUUGGACUUGUUUGUCAUUAUUUUGUAGAACAUUGCAAUAUUACACAGUGGCAAUGAAACUAAUUCUCAGAGGACAGCUCUGUCCUAGUGAUUUUGAAACCAAGUUGCACAUUUCAAACCUAGUCUCAGCCUGUCAUCCUUUCUCUGUACUGAUUGUUUGCCCCAAAUACCUUCCCUCCUUCACACUGAUAGUUUUCGUUGGCUGGCAAUCACUAGUAUUUGAGUCAAAUAUAUAGCGUGUUGACUUUUUGUACCUACUCUUCCUUGGUCUUCAAUAAUGACACUCAAACUGGGUAAAACUCAGCCCUUCAAAGUGUCUAACUUAGCUCUUGUGCACUGCCCACAGCUGCAUAAGAAGAAGUUACAAAGCAGCUGCUUGCGAAAAAAAGAGAAGCUUAACCUUGUCUGUGAGAGGUAGCUUGUGUAGAAUUUAUACUGAAUGUAAAUAAGCCUCUGUAGAUCUCACUGAGGAGGAAGGCAGGUGCAUGGGUAAUAGAGGCAUUGUGUGACACUGAACAGCUUAAUCAGGCUUCCAAUAACUGUUCCAAGGGUGUUCAGUAUUGUAUCCUGUGCUGUUGUCCUCAGAUCUCUUGUGUGGUGUAUCUGCUCUGUAUAUAUCCAGUAGUAUUGAAUUGCACUUGCAGUUAGCAUUUAAAUGAUCUAGCCUCAGUCAUUUUCAGCUACAGUGCUUUUUUAGGAAAAACAUGAAAGAUGGGGUGGAGAUAGAGGGGAGGAACAAAAGACCUGUAAGAGUUGGGGUGAUGAGCUGUUACAUCUCCUGCAGGUCAGUGGGUUUUGAGCAUCUGUGUUGCAGUGGAGAGAAAUGCACUGAAACAAUUUGUCACAGCAGCUUGUGAUAGAUUUAAAAAUGGACUUUUCUCUAGAAUAGAGGUAAUUGAUAACUUGAUAGGUUGAAUGAACUACACCCUUGUAGUGUAUCUACAUGCACUGAGUUUUUAUGCAACUCAUAUAUGUCAUCCAAAACCAAAAUCCUGGUCUUCCUUCAACCACCCUACUUCAUACACCCUACCUAGUGUUUUCCUCAGAAAUAGCUUUAGAACUUUCUCCUGGUUUAUUCACCUGCCUGGCACCAGGUGAUUUGGAACUCUAAUGCUGUAAUAAUUUUGGCCAUGGGAGCGUUCAACUUCUGUAUCAGUCAACAGGAGACAUGGACUACAGCAUUUCCUCCUGGAGGACAAGGGUUCUGAGGGCCUUGUUUUUCAAGACCAAAUUGUGAAAUAGCUCCAUCUAGCUUUGACUCACUUUUUUUUUUUUUUCUUAAACGUAUCCAAAGGCCAUACAAUGACAAAGAAGAGUAAUUGAGAGGGUAGGAUAAUGCUGGAGGAGGUUAUGUUAUUCAGCUUCAGGUGAAAACUAAUCUUUUGUUACUUCUUUGUGCUAUUUUAGUUGAUUUCCCAGCAAAAGUGCCUUUACUCAUGGUGAGGCAGAAGUUUGUAUCAUAUCCUGAGGCUGCUACUGCCUGUGGAGCUAAUAGGACUCUCCUAAGGCAUAAUUAAAUAACGGGCUGUGGAAAUCUUUUUAUAAAUAAGUUGACUUUUCAGAUAAAUUUGUUUUAGAUAAUUUAGUGCUCUGUGAAAUAAUGGGGAUGUUGAUGAAACAGUGAACUUGGAGCAUCUGUCUUCUGUUUGGGAAGUCCUGUCCCAGGCAAGAGGAAGUCUUUAGAACAAUGGAAGCAUGUUCUAUGAAUAGCAGAUGCUGGCUGCCCUCUGUUUACUGUGUAAUAUUUUCUUCUUAGUGAAAGGUUGGUUCAGUAUAAGAGACAUUGGUUGCUUCAUUAAGCAACCCAAAAUGAAGCUUAUACAUAUGUCAUUCAUUUUAGUAAACCUAGCCUUAAUGUGAGUUGCAAAUAAAUGUGAUAAAUAUGCAAUAACUUACUUCUUUGUAUAAGGGUACAGUUUCCUGUAGUAGCAUUGCUUUCUGCUUUCGUAGUAAGGUUUAUCCUAAAACUAUGUAAAUGUGGUGGCAUGUGAUCCACUUGGUGGGCUCCAACAUGCCCUGCACCGUGAACAUUUUGUUUACUGUUGUUUAUGUUCUUAUUUCACCAUCCCUUUAUAAUUGUACUUCUAGGUUUAGAGGUACUGUUUACAUUAUCUUCCAUAAAACAGUGAAGAAAUACUGCAAGUGAGAUACAGGCUUUAGUUCUGUGAGUUUUUACUUUACAGGAGCUAGACACAGGGAAAUAGGAACUGUGUGCAUGUCCAACUUUGAGAGCUGGUGUUGAGAUACUUGAAAAACAAACACUGUCAAAUUGAGAAUGCUGCCAUGUUAGGGGUUAUUCAGAUAAUAAACAGUCAGUCAGUGUUCUUGGAAUCAACGUGCAGAGUAAACAAAUAUUAGCAAAAAUCCUACAGCCGUGUGGUGCUAGGAAUCUGGUACUAGUGUGCAGUUUCUAGUACAACAUCAACUCCCUGCUUUAGCUUGAAAUUUUUAGCAUGUCUUCUCAGAAUGCUUCUAUACUUUGACCUUGGACUGAAGAGUGGCCUGCCCAGUUAGUUAAGUGACUGAAGUGCUGCUGACUUCAGCUCCUUGAUGUACAUCAAUCAUCCAGCUUUUGAAAGUAACUGUGUUUUGCAUAGUUUGAAGUCUGGCAACAGUAAUUCUGUGAAGGAGAGGGGGGGAAAUAGCUUUACUUAUUGCACAGAGUAUUAUUUUUUACCACAAUGUAAAUUCUUUAAACCAAACAUGCAUAAAUUGUUUCUAAUGAACUUUUGGGCCUAAUCACUGUUCCAGGCUUCUGUGCUGUGCUUCAGCCUUCCUGAACUGAUUUGGUGAUUUGAGAACAAUACUUAGUGAUUUUUCUUUCACCUACCUGUGGCAGUUACAGAUGUAACAGUUCCUUUUGAAAACUAGGCAGGCUUCGGGUCUGGCUACUUCUAACAUACUUGCUCUCAGAUUGUAAUUUCAGAUAAGAACACAGUUCUUCCAACCUUUACUUAAUGGGGUGAUUUGCUUUUGCACUCAUGCCAUUAUGGUGUGAAGAUCAAAGAGUCUACAUUAAGAAUCCAGACUCCAGUAUCCUGUGGUGCAAGACAGCACUGCUGCUCCAGGGGUAACUGGCUUCCCACUUGUGGGGUCAGGGGGUUCCUUAAUCCUCAGAUACUUGGGGUUUUGUUACAAAUUCUGAGCAACAGGUUUCUUUUCCAGAGGUAAAGCCAGGUGCCUUCAUAUUUGAAGUUAGGAGGUUAUAUUCUAAAUGUGUUAAGAAGCUCAUAGUUACUGAGAAUUGGUAGAAUAGUCUCUCUUGUUGAUAUUGAUUUCUGUAAAUAAACCAAUUUUAAGUCUUGCACUGUAAAUGUUAAAUAAUCUGGUGCUUAUACACAACUUCAUAGUUUCAAAUUGUUUUUGUUAUUACAAUAUUUCAGCUUUUGAAACAACCAAAAUUAUUUAAGAUAUGGUAAAUUUAUACAAACUAACUGAAGGUGCUUUUACAGUAAAUUAGACUUAGAAACUCUUCCGUAAUAGGUUUUUGUUCAUAUGCAUUUAUAGCAAUAGUGUAGUCAAGAAUGGAAGUAGGCUAAAUGCUAGUAUUUGCACUGUUCUUAAUCACAUAUGUAAGCACUGAUAGAUGCAGUAGGUUUUGUGCUGUGUGUGCAUUUCACUUUUUCAUGUAGCUUGUGAACUUAAAAGGAAGUCAACAUUAAACAACAAUGACAUUGGCCAUAUUCAAGAUUGUACCAGAGGAACUAUUCCAGAUUGGUAGCAGUACAAUGAAACGAAAUACUUGGGGUGUGUCUUUGCAUUGAAAAUGUUAAUUUUAGCAAGACUUAACUUUUUGUACAGAUUCAGCUUUACAGAAACUCUUAUCUUUAAAAUGUUCUCAGCUCUGAGUGCUUUUGGAAAGUCAAAAGUGGCUUUGAGUCCUCUUUCAAUUCUUCCAGGAAAAAAACAAGCUUCCUUUUAAGUAAUUGCUAACAUUUCACAGAGUACACAAUGUUUAAUUUUGGAAAGGUCUCUAUGGAUUUUACUGAAAACAAAGUAUUUUGUAAUUUCUAAGCAUUUAUUUGUUGAUCAGAAGAACUAGCUUCUUGUUUCCAAUAUGGGUUACAGUUCAGUGCCUUUAAGAAAAUGAUUACAGCUCAUGGAGCAUUAAUCAUUUUAAAAUAAGGCAUUCAUAGCUUUUUGAGAAAACACAUCUUGCUAACACAGUUCUCUAUGACACAUUUCCAAUGACGAGAAGAACUUUGCAAAUUUUUUUAAGCAUGUUUGAUCAAACUUACUAAACUGUGGGGAUGAAAUAUGUAUCUUACUGGUUGGGUACAUAAUUUUGUUAUCAGAAAAUGUACAAAAAACUGCAUGAUUAAGAGCUCUCAGCAAACACUUCUCACGACAAUACUUGCAACAGAACUUUACUGUGUCUGCAUGGCACUGCACUAUGUGGAAGUCUAACUUCAUCCCUGAGGAGCAGUUUAGCUGGCUUUGCAAGGCACUUUUACCAUUAAAAAGCAAAACAGACCCCCAGAAGAAGGUGUGGGGUUGUUAAUUCAGGCAGAAUGCUUGAUCAGUGUUCAUGUUCCAGGACUCAGACUUGGGUAUUGCUUCCAAACAAUGACACUUUUCAGGGCAGCACUGCAUGCCUCGCAGAAAACAGGAGCCAGUGCUUUGUGGUGUGGCUCAGGCAUGAAGGGUUAUGUCUUCCUCCUGUUUGUUAAAGCUCACGAACUCGAUCUGUUUUCCUCUGUGUGUAAGUGGCACAUCGGUGCUCAUUAAGUAGAAAGUACAUACAGCUAAAGUUAAAAUUAUUACAGAUUUUAUACAACUUUCAUUAUGUUCUUUUGAAGAAAGUUUGCAUUAGUCAGCUCUUCAAUUGUAUUAAAUUAAGUAGAAUCUGUAACUACCUGUAACAUCUACUGUACUGAUGAUUGUGAUUUUGUUUGUUAUAAAUUGAUUCAAAACUGAAGCACACCAUUUAGGAGACUAUAACUAAGUUAACAUUUUCUUCUGUAUUGUUAUUUUUUCCUCUGUAAAAUUAAAUUACUUUAUAAAUAAACAUAUUGAAGUAUGAA